AUGGCGGCCGGUCAGCUCCCGCUGGCCCGGCCGCUGGGAGCUCGCAGCAAAGCCUGUCAGGCCGCGUUCGUUCUGUCAGAAAACGGGGUGCCGAUUAUGCUAGAUUCUGCAAGAGGAUGGUCUCAACAUAACAUCUGCAGAGGAGUGAGAAAGUAUUCCCGUUUUUUAUCUUCUGACUUUUACUCCAGUCUUGGAUUAGAAGACUUCCUCUCUGUAGGUGACACUUCUGGAACAGAGGAGGAUACAGACUCAGCUGUCUUAUAUGGGACUUUGAGAGGAAGUGUUGUUGGAUUACGGUAUUACACGGGGAUUGUUAAUAACAAUGAAAUGGUUGCACUUCAGAGGGAGCCCAAUAAUCCUUAUGAUAAAAAUGCAGUGAAAGUAAAUAAUGUGAACGGAGACCAGGUAGGCCAUAUAAAAAAAGAAUUAGCAGCAGCAUUGGCAGGCAUUUUGGACAACAAACUGGCAUUAAUUGAAGGGGUUGUCCCUUAUGGAGCAAAAAAUGCCUUUACCAUGCCUGUUCAAAUGAGCUUUUGGGGAAGGGAAGAGAACAAAGAAGCAGUGCUAGAUCAGCUAAAAAGGCACGGAUUUAAAUUGGCUCCUCCUCUGAAAGGUUCAGAAUGUGGUUUUGGAUCAAAGUGGAUUUCUGGGAGAGCUGGUCCAAGUUACAGCGCUCCGAUUCAUGCUGCUGUGCAGUUGACAACUGAACAGCUUAAAAGUGAAUUUGACAAAUUGUUUGAGGAUCUGAAGGAAGACGAUAAAAGUUGUGAAAUGGAAGGAGCAGAGGCUGUUGGCACACUCUUGCUUCCCCAUCAGAAGCAGGCCUUAGCUUGGAUGGUUUCACGUGAGAACAGUGAUGAUUUGCCACCAUUUUGGGAAGAGAGAAGUGACUUCUAUUACAAUGUACUCACAAAUUUUGCAGAAAAGCAGCGACCCAAAAAUGUUCUUGGAGGAAUACUGGCUGAUGACAUGGGACUGGGUAAAACACUUACUACUAUUGCAUUGAUUCUCACAAAUUUUCAAGAUGGCAAGCCUCUUCCUGUUGAAAAGAUCACAAGUGACAAGUGUUAUGAGGAGUCUGGUACUAACAGCAUGAACAGCGUUGGACGCAGACUAUGUGAAGACUCUAGCAAUGUGAUGGUUCCUGGUGUUUCUAACAUAAAAAAGUUUGAAACUACUCCGUUGAAAUACGCAAGUUGUCUUCCAAAAAGAGAUAAAGCCAAGAAACCGAGAUAUUCAGGAAGCAGUGACUUGGGAGAGUCUGAAGAAGGGUUGCUGCAGCAAACAGAAAGUACCGCUAGCGUUCAAUCAGCUGAGAAGUACUACUCUGAUGUUGGCCCCAGAGCAACACUGAUUGUAUGUCCACUGUCUGUCCUAAGCAACUGGAUUGACCAGUUUGAACAACAUAUCCGCCAAGAUUUUCAUGUAAGUAUUUACGUUUAUUAUGGUUCUGACCGGAGCAAGGACCCAUCAGUUCUUUCGGAACAAGACAUUGUAUUGACAACAUACAACAUCUUAGCUACUGAUUAUGGAAUCAGAGGCGACAGCCCUUUACACAAAGUCAAGUGGCUGAGAAUUGUGUUGGAUGAGGGGCACACGAUACGAAAUCCAAAUGCUCAGCAAACUAAAGCUGCCUUAAAUCUGGAGGGACACAGAAGAUGGGUACUUACAGGCACUCCUAUUCAGAAUUCUGUAAAGGAUUUGUGGUCUCUUAUUUCCUUCUUAAAACUGAAACCUUUUACUGAUCGAGAGUGGUGGCACAGAACAAUUCAACGUCCAGUCACAAUGGGAUCUCCAGGAGGACUUGGGCGUUUACAGUCUCUGAUUAGGAUUAUUACCCUUAGAAGAACUAAAACAAGUAAAGUUAAAGGAAAACCCAUUUUGGAGUUACCAGAGCGUAAAGUAUUUAUUCAGUAUGUUACGUUUACAGAGGAAGAGAGACAAAUCUAUCAGUUUGUGAAGAAGGAGGGCAAAGCUGCUAUUAGCAGAUUUUUCAGUGAAGGGACUGUGCUAGCUCACUAUGCUGAUGUCCUUGGUGUCCUGCUCAGAUUGAGGCAGCUUUGUUGUCAUCGUCGUCUUUGUAUAAAUACAUCUUCCUCCAGUUUUUCGGCUGAUAAUAAAACUACUGAAGAACUGCAUGAGGCUUUAGUGAAUAAAAUGAAGUUGGUUCUGAGCUCUGGUUCAGAUGAAGAAUGUGCAGUUUGCUUGGAAUCACUGACUCUUCCUGUAAUAACACGCUGUGCACAUGUGUUUUGUAAGCCAUGUAUUUUUGAAGUCAUCAGAAGUGAGCAGCCAAAUGCCAAAUGCCCUCUCUGUAGGAACGAGCUUCGAGUAGAGCACUUGGUGGAAUGUCCCCUAGAAGAGGAAAUAGACUCCAGUAAUGGAAAGAAAUCUGAUCAGCAGUGGAUAUCCAGUUCAAAGAUAAAUGCUCUCAUGCAUGCUUUGAUAGAACUGCGGAGGGAUAAUCCAACUGCUAAAUGUCUGGUUGUUUCUCAGUUCACAACUUUCCUGUCACUGAUAGAAAAUCCCUUGAAAGAAUCAGGGUUUGCCUUUACUCGUUUGGAUGGGUCAAUGGCACAGAAGAAAAGAGUAGAAGCAAUUCAGUGUUUCCAAAGCAGCCAAGCAGGAUCCCCAACUGUAAUGCUUUUGUCUCUGAAAGCAGGUGGAGUUGGAUUAAAUCUGACAGCAGCUUCCCGAGUGUUUUUAAUGGAUCCUGCUUGGAAUCCCGCUGCAGAAGACCAGUGUUUUGACAGGUGUCACAGGCUGGGUCAGAAGCAUAACGUUGUUAUUACUAAGUUCAUUGUGAAGGAUUCGGUGGAAGAAAAUAUGCUGAAAAUUCAGAACAAGAAGAGGGAACUUGCAGCAGGAGCUUUUGCUACCAAAAAGCCUUCAGCAAGUGAAGCAAAACAAACCAAAAUUAAUGAAAUCAAGGCUCUAAUUGAUUUAUAG